CAGAGUCCUCCAGAAAGGCCAAAUUCUGAACCUCUCCUUCAAGCUUGUUCAACCUCAAGCUCCAGAAUUCUCAGAUAAGCUUUGCACCGAGUGAAAGCAAGCAACUUUUUUCCAGAGUUUCCAUGGAAAAGCUUAGGUUCCACCAACUCCAUACGCCUCUGUUUGCUCUUCUUUUUUUUCUCCUCCAGUUCUCAUCCCUCCAGUUUCUGUCCAUGGCAGAUUACUCUCUCCCAGAUAAGUAUUUCGUCAAUUGCGGCUCUGCUACCAACGUCUACACCGGCCAACGGAAUUUCUUCGGGGAUUUGAAUUCCAGUGACUCGACUUCCAAUUCCAUUUCCUUUACGGACCAGAACAGAGUCGCGAUUGACAGCAACCAGUAUUCAACUGCAUCACCUCUGUACCAGACAGCAAGAGUUCUUUUGCACAACUCUUCGUAUGAGUUCGAUAUCGACACUAUUGGAAGCACCAAUGAUUACAAGGGUGUGCUGUCUAAGGCUUUACACACCAUUUACAGGAUAAAUGUUGGAGGCCCUAAAGUCACACCGGAAAACGACACGCUAUUGAGAAACUGGGUUCCGGACAGAGACUACAUCUAUAAUCCAGACAAGGCAAAGAAAGUAUUCGAUUCCAGUAGCCCUAAUUACCACCCGGAUUUUGCCACUCAGUAUACUGCCCCUGAUCUUGUCUACCAGACUGCACAAACGAUGGAUAUCAAUUCUAGCAAGCAAGCUGAUUUUUUCAACAUAACCUGGGGUUUUAAUGUGCGUAGGAAUGCUAGACACCUCGUUCGUGUUCACUUCUGUGACAUUGUUGGGAAAUCAGCUGCUAAUCUGAGAUUCAAUCUUUAUAUUUAUAGUAGGUUCAGUCAGAUGAUCAAUUCCUACGAUUCUGUUGGCCUGUUAAAUAUUCCAUUCUAUGACAAAUUUGUGGUUGAUUCUGAUGAUUCGGGAACUAUGAAUAUCAGUAUAGGCCCAAGGGAUGAUUCUGCUGAAACAAAUGCCUAUCUGAAUGGGCUAGAAAUAAUGGAGAUACUGGAGACGUCGGGUUCAGUUCCUACAGUGCGUGAACGCAAGAACAAACAUGUUUUUCUUGUAGUUGGUUCGGUUCUUGGAGGGUUGGUUCUAAUCUGCAUUUUGGCAGUUGGCUUCUUUUUGGUUUUCAAAUGCAGGAAGCAAAAGCCAGUGGAAAACUCGGACUGGUCACCAAUACCUGUAUUUGGAGUUGGGAGUACGCACAGCAAGGCGACUGAGGGAAGCACAAAUGGCUCCCCUCUGCCUAAUUUUAAUCUCGCAUUGAAGGUACCUCUUGCUGAAAUCCUAUCUGCGACAAACAACUUCGACACCAGGUUGCAGAUUGGUAAGGGUGGCUUUGGGAACGUCUAUAGGGGAACUCUUAGAAAUGGCCAAAAAAUUGCUGUGAAACGGAGUGAACCAGGUUCAAACCAAGGCUUCCCAGAAUUCGAAACGGAAAUCAUGGUUCUUUCCAAAAUUCGCCACCGCCAUCUUGUUUCCUUGAUUGGGUAUUGUGAUGAGAGAUCUGAGAUGAUACUUGUCUAUGAGUUCAUGGAAAAGGGGACUUUAAAGGAUCAUAUAUAUGCUUCAGAUUUGCCUCGUUUGUCUUGGAAGCAAAGGCUUGAGAUAUGCAUUGGUGCAGCAAGGGGUCUUCAAUACCUCCACAAAGGUUCAGCCGGGGGAAUAAUACACCGUGAUGUCAAGUCCACUAAUAUCUUGCUUGAUGAACAUUAUGUUGCUAAAGUUGCAGACUUUGGCCUUUCGAAAACAGUUCCUCUAGAUGACACCCAUGUCAGCACAAUUGUCAAAGGUACGUUUGGUUAUCUCGAUCCUGAGUAUAUUGGGUCCCAACAGUUGACGGAAAAAUCUGAUGUGUAUGCAUUUGGAGUGGUUCUUCUCGAGGUGCUAUGUGCACGGCCAGCAAUUAAUGCCAUGCUUUCCGGGAAGCAAGUAAAUUUGGCUGAAUGGGCAAUGCUCUGCAAGAAGGAAGGGUCGCUUGAAGAGAUUGUUGAUCCUUCACUCAAGGGUCAGAUUGAUCCAAACUCCCAAAGAAUAUUUAUUGAGACGGCAGAGAAAUGUUUACAAGAAUUCGGUGCUGAUCGCCCCACCAUGGAUGAUGUGGUCUGGGACUUGGAAUAUGCAUUACAGCUUCAGCAAACAGCAAUUCGGAGAGAACCACAUGAGGACAGCACAGUCGAUGGUUUACCAGGAUUGGCAUUGCCCAAUGUACAGCGGUUGCCUUCAUGUAGCAUUACGAUGGAUGGAAGUGAUAUGCUGUUAUGAUGGAUGAUGGCUCCUACGUUAAAGCAUGUGAUGUUUUUUCCCAUUUGAAAAUCGGUGACGCCAGAUAAUGAAACUUGGUCUUUCUGGUCUAGUAAUAACGCAACUUUUAAGUUACUUUAAGCCUUUACAAGUUUGUUAGGUAUGCCUUUGUGAAGUCAAUUUUGAACUUUGGGUGUUGCUAGCAGUGCCUCUGAUUCGAACAUGUUUUAGGAGAUCCUAGUUGAUUUCCUCAAUAUUGCUGAUA